CAUGGCGCCAAACAGUACCGCUGGGGCUCACUGCUGAGAGCCCGCACCUGAUGUCCUCCUGUUUCCUGUGACUUCUGCUGGCUGCACCUGCAUUAGAAGGAUCCUGGGAGACUAUCACGCACACAAUGGAUGUAACUUAAUGUACAUAAAAUAGAAGAGGAUACAAUUUAGAUUUCCAGGUACAUACCUAUUUCUCUGUAAGCAUAAAUAAAAAAGUGUCAUUACUAUUGGAUGUGUUUAACACUAGCUGCAUCAUUAAUCACUAUUCUAUUUACAUGUGGAACUGCAGAAGACUGCCUUUCUUUUCUGAGAUCCAUUUUGUUAUUCUCUCUACUAAUCACAAAAGAUGUAACAUACGUAUUUUCAGUAUAGUAUGCAAGGUAUCAUCUUGCACAGGAGGUGCUGAAUAUUUUCAGUCUUCUGGUAUACUUUGCAGUUGAAAUUUUUCAAACAGAACAAAGGAGUGACUUGUAAGUGAUACAAUAUUUUCUUUGUUUUCCUUUUGUGGAGUUAGUUCAAAAAGAGUCUCACUGUAAAACUUGACUUAUUGGGGCUGGGGGUAUAGCUCAGCAGGCACAGUUGCUACCUGGCAAACACAGGGGCCUGAGUCACAUUUCCGGUACCUCCUCCACAAAGAAAAAAGAGGGUUGAUUAUGGCUGGGGAUAUGACUCAGUGGCACAGUGCCUGUGUGACAAGCACAAGGUCAUGAGUUUCAUCUCAGUUAAAAAAAUACAAUAAACCUUUACUGGCCUUGAGGUUACCUUCUGGCUUGGGCUGGACUGUGAAAUCCUGGCCAUCAUGACACUCCUGGAAGUCUUCCUGCAUCAACCUCCCAAGUGCUAGGAUUACAGCCUUGUACCGGCACACCUGGCUGAAGUUUCCCUUUGUAAUUAAUGCCUAAUUACUUUGUGAUAUCUUCAUUUUUAAUGUGUUUAAUAUGUUCACAUCCUUCCCUUUAUUAAUCUCACAGAAACAGUGGUAGGAUUUCUUAUAAUCUGAAUACAACAUCAUACUAUGCCGCACUACCCCUAUUUUCUUUUUCAUUUUUUUCCCAUAGAAUUUCUACAGGAAUACUGCUUUUUUUAUUAGCAUGUUAAUAUUAUUUGUAGAAAUUCUUUUUCUUUUUUAUCAAUAGGUUUUAGGUAUACAUAGUAAUGACAUUUAUCUUGGGAAUUCAUAAUUAGACAUAUUGUAUCUUGCUUCUUUUUCACCAACUCUCCUCCCUUACUAUUAAACACUUUUCCCCUCUUUAUUUUUAAAACUGUCGUCUUUUUUUGCUUCUAUUUUUGUCUUGUACCUUCUUUCCUUCCCCUACCUGUCCAUUUCCCCGCCCCCCAUUUAUUGAAACAUUUUCUUUGCAGAUUUCUCAAAAAACAAACCUAGAGAAUGCAUUUGAUCCAGCAAUUGUUUUUCUUGUUCUUGCCCCCCAAAAUUAAAAACUUCAUAUGACAAUGAUAUUUAUACACUCAUAUUUAUACAGGCACAGUAUGUAAUAGGUAUAUCUUGAAAAUAGCCCACAUCUCCUUUGACUUGUGAAUGGAUAAUGAAGAUCUGGUGUUUUUAUACAAUGGAUAGUACUUUGCUGUAAAGAUGGACAAGCUUGAGACAUUUCUAUCUAAUGUGGGUGGACUUUGAGGUCACACUGUCAAGUGAAACAAAUUGGGCUCACAUGUAAAUAUCAUGAUUUCUCAAGUGAAAAAUGAGAUGUGUAAAUACAGGCAAAAAUGCGAAGUGUAAAUAUGGGCAAAAAUGCAUAUAUGUUAAUGUUUAUUAAGGUUUUUUUCUGAAAAAUGAUUCAGAUUUCAAAAUGCUGCCUCUGAACAAUACUAGGAUGAAUGAUUUAAUUCUACGAGUAAUCAGAUUUGAAAAGUGGUAUAAUCUAUGGUCUGUUGCAAUUCUUCAUUAGAUAUUUGUCUAGCCUCUUUUUGCGAAUGGUGAUUUGUAGGCUGCUCCUUGAACUCUGCUUUGGCAGCAACACACAGACAUGUUUCCUGUGAGCCUGCCAGGAAACCAGGGCUUCUGUUGUGCCAUCUUCAGAAUUGUGUGUGAAACUAUUCACCUGGGUUUGGUGACAAAGACAUGGAGUUUAUAUUUGAAGGAGCAAUCUCAGUUCAGCUUUUAUAAGAGGAGUGCAGGCUGUCAGGCUAUGAGUGUGAAUCUUUUUUCAGGAAAUACACAUGUGAUUCUUUAGGAGGCAGUGAGCAUGGAGGAUGUAACUGUGAACUUCACGAAGGAGGAGUGGGCUCUGCUCAAUCCAUCCCAGAAGAAGCUCUACAGAGAUGUGAUGUGGGAAACAUUUAGGAAUAUAAACAUUAUAGGAGGGACUUGGAAUAACCAACAAAUUGAAGAAGAAUACAAAAAUUGCCCAAGAACUCUAAGAAAUGAAGAGGUAGCAAAAUACUAUCAAUAUAAAACAUUUAGUCAACAUAAAAACACAUUUCUUCACGCAUCAGAAGCUAAUGUGAACAUGAAAAAAGCUGCUUUAAAGCCAGCCAGAGAUCUUGUUUGGAGAGACUCCCUGAUUGGGCAUUUAUCAUUAAAAGUACUAAUCUUACCUCAUACUGGAGAGAAGCCACAUGAGUAUUUGGGAUUUGAUGACAAGCUGAAUAAAUGUAAUGAACACAGAAAAUCCUGCAGUGAUCUCCAGCCAUUUGAGAAGCAUGCAAGGACAAAGGAUGGAGAGAAAACCUAUCAUUAUGAGCAAUGCAUGAAAUGCUACUCUGAACUUAGUGAAAGAACUCAGCCUAGAAAGAAGACCAAGAUAGGUCAUAAAAGUGUGAAAGCCUCCACCACCCACAGUGGUUUUCAAAUUCAAGAAAGUAUUCACACUGGAAAGAAACUAUAUAUAUGCAAGCAAUACAGAAAAAACUUCAGUACUCAAAGUUCUAAAUCACUUGAAAGGAAUCACAAGGAGGAGAAACUCUAUGUGUGUAAGCAGUGUGGAAAAACAUUCCACACGCAAAGUUGUUGCCAAAGACAUGAAAGAAUUCACAAUGGGGUGAAACCCUAUAUAUAUAAGCAAUGUGGGAAAUCAUUCAGCAGAUACACCCAGUGUCGAAGCCAUGAAAGUACUCAUACUGCUGAGAAACCUUAUAUGUGUAAAACGUGUGGUAAAGCUUUCACCAGACACAGUUAUUGUCAAAUACAUGAAAGAAAUCACAGUGCAAAGAAACCUUAUGUGUGCAAGCAUUGUGGGAAAGCAUUUACUACAAAGACUUAUUCGAAUAUACAUGAAAAGUUUCAUACAGGGGAGAAAAAUUAUAUAUGCAAGCACUGUGGGAUGGCAUUCAUUACACGCCAAUCUUGUCAAAUUCAUGAAAGAACUCACACUGGGGAGAAACCUUAUAUGUGCAAGCAAUGUGGAAAGACAUUUACUACACACCAGUCUUGUCAAAUACAUGAAAGUACACACACUGGUAAGAAACCUUAUGUAUGCAAACAGUGUGGAAAGGCAUUCACUACACAGCAGUCUUGUCAAGUACAUGAGAGAACUCACAGUGGGGUAAAACCUUACAUGUGCAAGCAAUGUGGAAAAACAUUUACUACAAAGACUUAUACCAAAAUACAUGAAAAAAUUCACACUGGGCAGAAACCCUAUAUGUGCAAGCACUGUGGAAAGGCAUUCACAACACAUCAGUCUUGUCAAAUACAUGAAAGAACUCACACUGGAGAGAAACCUUAUGUGUGCAAGCAAUGUGGGAAGGCAUUCAAUACACACCAAUCUUGUCAAGUGCAUGGCAGUACACACACCGGGAUGAAACCUUAUGUGUGCAAGCAAUGUGGGAAGGCAUUUGCUACCAAACAAUCUUGUCAAAUACAUGAAAGAACUCACACUGGGGAGAAAUGUUACAUGUGCAAGCAGUGUGGGAAGACAUUCACCACACACCAGUCUUGUCAUAGACAUGAAAGAAUUCAUACUGGGAAGAAACCUUACAUGUGCAAGCAAUGUGGGAAAGCAUUCACUACACACAAAUCUUGUCAAGAACAUGAAUGUACACACACUGGGAAAAAACCUUAUGUGUGUAAACAAUGUGGAAAAGCAUUCAUUCAAAAGAGUAAUUACAAAAGACAUGAGAGAACUCACACUGGAGAGAAACCUUAUGUGUGCAAGCAGUGUGGGAAGGCAUUCAGUACACGCCAUUAUUGUCAAGUACAUGAAAGAAUUCACACUGGGGAGAAACCUUUUGUAUGCAAGCAAUGUGGGAAGGCAUUCACUACACACCAGUCUUGUCAAAUACAUGAAAGUACGCACACUGGGAAAAAGUAUUAUGUGUGCAAGCACUGUGGGAAGGCAUUCACUGAAAGGAGUAAUUAUAAAAGACACGAAAAAAUUCACAGUGGGGAGAAACCUUACAUGUGCAAGCAAUGUGGGAAGGCAUUCACUACACGCCAAUAUUGUCAAAUUCAUGAAAGAAUUCACUCUGGAGAGAAACCUUAUGUGUGCAUGCAUUGUGGAAAAGCAUUUACUACAAAAUAUUAUCAUAAACUACAUGAAAAAAGUCAUACAGGUUAGAAAACGUGUGUAGGUAACGUGGGAAGGCAUUCAUUAUAUACCAAUGUUCUCUAAAUCAUGAAACAAGUCACACUGCAGUGAAAUGCUAUGUGUGCAAAUAAUGUGGGAAGGCAUUCACUACAAAGAAUUCUUACACAGGAAAACCCAUAUGCAUAUGAGUCCUGUGAAUAAAGACUUGCUAGUUACUCAUUUUGUACACCUAGACCCCACACUGGAGAGGAACCCUAUAUGUAUGAACAAUGGGAAAACAUGCAGUGAAUACUUUUUUUAAAAAGUCAAUAACAUGAAAGAAGUCACACUGGAGAGUGACCCUUUAUAUGUAAACCAAUUUUGAGAAAUGGCAAAAAUUCCUCAUGUAGUGGAGUAUUGUACACAUAUGAAAAAUUUGAUGUCAAUAUUUCUUCAUGGGUUUUUCUGAAACUCCACUCCAGGAUAAAGGUUGAGGUCUCCUGGUAUGUACUUUUUCUGUGUUAAUAAAUCACUUGUAAGUAACUGAACUAUAUCUUUAGUCUUAUUAGAAACUAUUUAAGUAAUAUAUUUUUAUAUAAACCAUUAUCUUUGUGAACUUAAUAUAUAUCUUAUAACAUGAUGAAAUGUAUUUGUCACUUCCAAGUAGGGUUAGUGUUUAUGUAGUUUUAAUUUUGUUUUCUUACUAUAAUGAAGUGUAGGCUGCUAAAAAAUUAAAUUGUAAUAAUAACUUUUAAAAUUGGAAUUUCUACUAUAUUUGAUUGUAAUUUUCUUGGUGUAUACAACCCCUAUUGUGUAUACAAAGAGAUAAUUUUGAAUUCCAUGUUGUAUAUAUAAACAUGCACAUUUAGAGACAGGGGAGUAUGUAUUUUUUAAAGUCCCUUUGUUUAUAGACAAUUUGUAGACUAGCAAGUGUUUUAUGUGUUAUUUCCUAACUUGAUACCUGUGUACAUCUCAACAUAAAUAUAUUACAUAAAGCAAAUAAUUUCACCCAUUUUGCUUUCAUGUUGAAGUCAAUACUAUGAGUGACAUAAAAUCUGUUUUCCUACAAUCGACAGUUUACUUUUCAUGCUUGUUUUUUUGACCAUUAGUUUGGUGCUAAUUUAACAACAGUUUACACCAAAAAAUAAACCACAUUUCUGCAAGAUUCUGAUUGUCACACAUCUGAAGACCAUGCUUUCACUAAUAAAGUAUAUUAUGCUCUGUAAUACUGUUAUCAGAGUGCUUACUAGAGAUAUACACAAUGCAUAAGAGGUGUUCAAAUGAGAUAUACAAAAAUAUAUAAGCAUUUACAAGAUUGGAUUAUAAUCUGUCCACGCACUCAGGCAGGCGCUUAUGCUGCUGAGCUAAAUUCCCAGCCCUAACACAAACAGAUUUUUAAAGUACAUUAUGUUCAACAAGGUACAUGAAGUAUUUAGCACUUUAUUAUGAAUUUUACUUUGUGUUACAUUAUUGUUCCCAAAAACAGAUAAGCAUUUUUGUAGUGAGGUGAAAUAUCAGUGUUGUUUUAAAUUUGCAUCUCUCGAAUGACCAGAGAUAUUAUAACUUUUUAAAAAUCACUGUUCAUCUAUAUUAGCUGUUCAGAGUUAUACUUAAAAAUACCUGUGCAUAGUUUGAACACUUUGAGUGGAAUGAGUUAAGGUGUGGUUGAAGAGUUUUUGCUGUAGCUGUCACAUAGUGCAUAUCCAGAAAAUAUUUUUGCCUAGGAAGUUUAAGUGUGGGGAUUUGUGUAAGUACUGAUUUUUUAAAAUAAAAUAUCUAUUCUCUCAAGAGAUUGAUUGGCAGCCAUGCAUUGAAUUAGCAGUCAAGUAUUGGUUUCUUGUAUGAAUAGUGUAUUAUGAAUAAUACAUGAGAGUAUUUACAUAUAUAUAUAUUUAAAUAUUAUUCUGUUAGAGAAAAUAAUCCAGUAACUACUAUCUGAUAUUUGGACUGCAUGGAAUAGAAAUUCUUUUGUCUGGAAAUGACAGGUUUGGGGGUACAGGCCUAGAAUUUUGGAAUAGCCAGAGUUGUCAUUAUUCUUCCCACAGUUCCUUAAGUGUCAGGAUGUGUCAAGUAAGUUUCAUCUGUAUAUAAGUUUUUAUUAGAGGAAAGAGUUGUGUUUUUUUUAUUUCAUUUAAGGAGAAAAAAAAAAGAGAAAGGGUACAAGUUAUACAGAUUUACAGAAAAAAAUAAACAGUAGGAAAUCACUAGUUAAUGGAUUACAUAUUGUCAUCUUAGAAAUAAUUGUUCAAGUUACAAAAUUAAAGCUUAUAAAGUGGACAUUCCAACAGUGAGAUUGCAAACAGUUCUGUUCAAUGAUCCAACAAAAUUCAGUAAUAUCAUUAUCUGUCUUAUACACUUAAAUAUACAUGCAGUUAUAUCGUUUAGAGCACUUUCUUUUCCUCUCUUUUGUAUAAUGACAAUUACACAUUUUGGGUUUUGUUGCUCCCACAGUUCUUAUUACUUUUUUGGAAGAGAGUAGAACCAAAUGUGACAUAACAGAACAGAGUCAGUCAAAUCAAAAGGGUGGACAUAAUAGAUAAUGUAAAAGCAUAAUACAAGGUGAUCAACAAUGGUUACCAUAAUGCCUCCCGCUAUCUCUAAUAGAAUUGCCUAUAUCAUCAGUUAUAAUAAAAUUGAACAAAACAGUUCGUGAUUUGAUGGUUUGUGCAGAGAAGUCUGCUGUAAUUCUGAUGGGUGUUCCCUUGUAAGAGAUCUGUUUCUUGUCUCUGACGGCUUUUAAUAUUCUGUUCUUGUAUUGGAUUUCUGGAAUUUUAAUUAUUAUAUUCCUGGGUGUUGCUCUGUUGGGGUUGUAGGUGGCUGGGGUCCUGUAUGCUUCAUACAACUGAGUAUCUUUACCUUUUGCUAAAUUAGGAAAAUUCUCCUGGAUUAUUUCUGUGAGUAGCUUUUGUAGUUCAUUUGUUUGUGUCCCUACUUCUUCUUUUAUGUUCUUAAUUCUUAGGUUAUAGAUUCUCUUAUCAUCUUCUAGUCUUUGUAUUAUUGCUGUUUGUUUCUUUAUUUUUAAGAAGUUUUUCAUUUCAUCCUCCGAUAUUACAGUUCUGCCCUCCAGUUCAGAUAAUCUGUCCUUAGUUUCUUUCAAGCUGUUAUGCCAGUUUUCGAUAGAGUUUUUAGUUUCCUGGUAAUCUCUUUGAACCUGUUUCAUGUAUUCUAUGCUUUCUCUAUUUUCUCCAUCAAAUAAUUCUCCCCUCUUUUUCUGUUCUUCCAUUCCACCAUCUUUUUUUUGGUUGGUGCUUAGCAUUUCUCUAACUAUUCUGCUUAUGUCUAGCUUCAGGUCAUUAAUAACUUCAUUCCUGAACUUGUCCAUGAGGCUCUGGAGAUAGCGCUUUAUAUCUAUUGGUGCUGUGUCUGCUAUUGCCUCUUUCUCAGGAUUGGGGGCCAAGGACCCUUUCUUGUUGCUGCCUCUUCCCAUAUUCUUUGUUCCUUAUAUAUGCAAGCGUAUAUAGGAGGCCCAGCUUCAUUCCCUGUUGGCCACAGUCUGAUUGAAUUGCACCGGCUAGGUGUUCCCGCCCAUUGCUGCGCACCAGGAAUUUGCAGACCAGGCAGCCUAUGUGAGGCUUGCCCCUCUAGGUCAGUCUAACUUCAGGCGCUGGGACCUGGGUUGUGCUAGCCUACUGGGUCUCAGCCAGCAGCAUCACAUAGGCCAGGCACUGUUCACCAAUCCCACUUGAGAGAGGGAUAUGUGACUGAAGUCACUGCAGCGCCCUGUUCCCGCAAGUCUGCCCGGUCCCAGAAUGUCCUCUGUUGGAGUCUCCUAGACCAUGGAAGAGUCCCAGUUUCUCUCACUCACUGCAGGUCAAUGCACAGCUCCCCGCCCGUCCUGCUUUCAACUCCGUUCACCGAUUCCCUUUCUCAGAGCUUUCUUGCGUCUUUCUCCCUGCCGAGCCGAUGUAGACGCAGCAGUGGUGGUGGGAAACCCAAAUCACGGCUUCCAAUGGUGCGGGCUGCAGCUUCCACACUAUGGCUUUUCUGUUCCUGUUAUAGCACCAGGAUUGCAUUCCCAGUUGGUUUCUCUCAGCCCAGUUCAUUCUUGGGUCAGCAGGGCAUAUCUCCUCUUGCUUAUGAUUCCUUACUCCACACCAUUCCAGAAUUCUAAGCUGGGUCUUUCAGAGAGCCUCCGUAGCUGCUGCUAUCUGUCCACCAUGUUCUCCCGGAAGAAGAGUUGGUUUUUAAAAACAAUUUUCCAGUGUAACUAUAUCUAAGACAAGUGAGGGAAGUAUGUGUGCUCAAUAAUACAUGUCAGUAUUUGAGGUAUACACAUAAGCAAACUGAGAAAGAUAAAAGGCCAUUUUACCUUUUAAAUUUUGGAGGUACAAGUGAUUUACAUGAUCUUUGUAACAAACAGAUUUUCAAGAAUAAAGAAAAUUUGUGUGCUUUACAGAGUCUUCAGCUGAGUGAUAGCUUAUCUGUUCUGCUAUGAACCUUUUGAAUUAUAGUUUUAAAAAUGUAAAGUUUUGACCCAUUUUCCCCUUUUUCAUAUUAUACAUUUAAUUUUUAGUAAGUCACCAGCACAUUCUCUAGUUGCUUGUCUAUUGGGGUUAGUAGGGAUAUUCAUGAAAUAUUUAACAUGUCAGAGUUGGAAGAAAGUUUGUAAAAAAAUUGACAUUGCCCUCCAUUAGAAAGCUAGAGAAGCUACUAAAGAGAAUCUUAGCAUUUUCAUCAUGAAAACGAUCAUUAAUCAUGUUUAGGAUGUCCACAACAUAGGCUCAAUCAGGGACAAUAUUGAUAGUUUGAAGUAGGCAACUUUUUUUUUUUUAUCAGUUAUGGUUGUCUUAGAAGUAGAACUCCUAGAAUGUUAAGAGGUAAAAAUUAGAAAUUUCCAAAGAAACUGGAGACCAAGAACAACAUAGAAAAUUUUUAUAGUCAUCAUGAUGACAUCACUGUAUUAUAUGAGAUGAAAAUUUUACACCAAAAAUGUCAUCUUUCAGUAGAGUGUUACAGAAGAAUGCUUGUAUUCACAGAUGUAUUUUAUGUGGUAUAUGUUGGGCCAUUCAAUAAACAUACACAUGUAUUGUAAAGUGAUUAUAUAACAUACAUGUAGUAAUUUAAAUGUCUUUUUUGAGAUGACAGAGUUGAUAUUUGAGGGAACAAAUUCCACUGAGGUUUUACAGGAAGAGCUCAAGUUCUCAGGAUUUGAGUGUGAACCUUCUUUUUUUUUUUGUCUUUUUUGUUUUUAUCGGUACUGGGGAUCGAACUCAUGGCUGCCUGCUUGCAAGGCAGGCGCUUACGCUGCUGAGCUAAAUCCCCUGCUCCAGUGUGAACCUUCUUUAGGAAAUACGUAUGUCAUUCUUUAGGAGGCAGUGACCUGAAAGGAUGUAGCUGAAGUUCACCCACGAGGAGUAGGCUCUGCUCAACCCAUCCCAGAAGAAGCUACCGAGAUGUGAUGAGGGAAACACUGAUGAAUAUAAAUGCUGUAGAAAUGAAGAGGUCACAAAAUGUUAUCAAUAUAAAACUUGUAAUCAAAGUGAAAACACAAUCCUUUGGACUUCAGAUGCUAAAGUAUACAUGCAACAAGCUGCUUUAAAGCCAGCUGGAAAUCUUGUUUGUGGAGAGACCUUGAUUGGGAAUUUAUCAUUAAGUGUGUCCAUCUUACCUCACUCUGAAGAGAAACUACAGGAGAAUUUGGAAUUUGAUGACAAACUGAGUAAAUGUAAUGAACAUCAAAAAAUCUGUAGUGGUUUUGAUUCCUUUCAGAACCAUGACAAGACAAAGAAUCAAGAGAAACCCUAUCAAGAAGAGAAAUGUGGGAAAUCCUCUGAACUUAGUGAAAGAACUCACUCUGGAGAGAAGACAGUUGUUGGUCAGAAAAGUGUGAAAGCCUCCACCACCCCCAGUGGUUUUGAAUUCCAUGAAAGAAUUUACACUGAGAAAAAAAUAUGUAAAUAAGCAAAAUGAAAAAACUUUCAAUACUCAAAGUUGUAAAAUUCUUGAAAAUAUUCACAUGGAGUAGAAACACUAUGCAUGUAAGCAAUGUGGAAAAAUGUUCACUACAAAGACUUAUUCUAACAUACAUAAAAAAUUCACACAGGUUCUGACAUCAGUAAGCAUAGUGUAAAAAAAAAUUCACACAGGGGAGAAACCUUAGAUGUGCCAGUUCUGUGGGCAGGCAUUCACUACAUGCAAUCAAUGUCAAAUACAUGAAAAAACUCACUGUGGGGAAAAACCCUAUGCAUGUAAGCAAUAUGGAAAAGCAUUCCCUACAAAGAAAUACUAUAAAGUACAUGACUGAAGUCACACUGGGGUGAAACCAUAUGUGUGCAAGCAGUGUGGAAAGGCAGUCAUUACACAUGUAUCUUGUCAAAGACAAAAGGACUCACACUGGGGAGAAACCUUAUGUGUGCAAGUUUUAUGGGAAGGCAUUCACUACAAAGUUAUUCUUUGAGCAUACAUGAAAGAACUCAUGGGAAAAACCUCAUGUGUGCAAGCAAUGUGGAAAGAUUCACUAAAAGAUAUUGUAGCAUGCAUGAAAAGGCUAACACAGGAGAAACUUUAUGUGUGCAAGCAAUGUAGAAAAACAUUAGAAAUACUAUGAAAGACAUGAACAAAAUCACACUGGGGAGAAAUCACGAGUAUACAAGCAGUGUGAAAAGGUACUCAUUACACACCAAUAUUGUCAACUACUGGAAACAACCCACACUGAAAAGCAACCUUAUGUGUAUAAGCAAUGUGGCAAAGCAUUCCUUACAAAGAAUCAUUUUAAACAACAUGAAAGAACUCACAGGAGAGAAAUCUUAUUAUGUUCAAGCAAUGUGGGAAAGCACACACCACACACCAAAUAUUGCAAAGUAUAUGAAAACUCACAAAAACAAGAAAAUAUAUACAUGUGAGUCGUGGAAAGAUUUACUAGUAAGUCUUCAUUUAUAUACAUGGAUCUCACACUGAGGAGGAACCCUAUGUGUAUCAACAAUGUGGGGGAAGUAGUCUGUGAAUCCAUUUAUUAAACUGAAAGAAGUCACUGAAGAGCUGGGGAUUUAGCUCAGUGGCAUAAGCACCUGCCUGGCAAGCAUGAGAUCAUGAGUUUGAUCCCUGGUACCAAUACUCUCCAGUGACUGGAGAGUGACUAUAUAUAACCCUAUUUUGAAAAAACAUUCAAAAUUCCUCAGGUAUUGGAGAUGUGCACACCUAUAAAUGAAAAUUUCGUAUCAAUAUUACAAAUUUUCCAGAAAAUAUAAUUCCAGAUUGAGAUCUCUGAGAAUGUUUUCUUUGUUGUUUUGUUUUGUUUUGUUUUUUUGCUGGUUUCUGUGAAGAGACAGAUCCCAACAAUGAGUUGUGGUGGAUAAAAAGAAAGCAAGAGAGACAAAGGGAUCUGGGGGCCACAGCCUCUAGGAAUGAAGCCCCAAUUACAGCUCUCUUUGUUUUUUUAUUAGAGUCUUUUUCACAAAAAGCAGAAGCAGGGGUAAGGUACAGAUAAGUAAAAACUUAGUUUUUUAACUAUCCCAGGAACAAUGUUUGCCAUUCUUUUGGACACAUCUUAGUAGCACAUCUCAUGCUGUCCCAGCAUGAGACUCAAGACCUUAAAUACCUUAACCAACGCAUUUGUACGACUUCCUCCAGAACAAUCCUAUGGCCUACUACACCACAUAAACACUGGUUAUCUCAGGUUAAACUAGUUAAGUUAACCUAUGAUCCACAGUUUUUCAGUAAAUAACUUGAAAGUAACUGAACUAUGUAUAUGCAGCCUGACAUAGUAUAUUUUUGUGUAAGUCGUAGUUUUUGAACUUAAUAUAUAAUGUCUUCUAAUAAAACAUGGUGAAUUGAAAUGUAUUUCUCACUUCUGAGUAGGUUUAAUAUCUAUGUAGUUUUGGUUUUAUGUUUUUAGUAUUGGAAAGUAUAUGCUGCUAAAAAUAAAAUUGUAUUAAUAGUUUUUUAA